AUGGACCCAGGAUUUCAAGGGAAUCAGUUUGUUCCAGGCACAGCUGCCUACCAGCGCUACAAUGACUUAUACGCCACCUCUACCUACGGGGAGGAGCGUAACUUAAAUCCUGGAGAGAUUCUGCAGCCUUCGAGCAUCGAAGAUAUUAAGACAGUAGUCACGACUGCUGCCAAGUUGGGUAAGAAUAUUGCUGUCAGAACUGGCGGGCAUCAAUAUAGUGGCGCGUCCUCGACUGGCCCCGACAGUUACCAGUUGGACCUGAAGCCCACCUUCCGACGUCCCAAUAUUGACCUCAACUUGAUCCGAGACACCGCCAACGAUAAGGUGUACUUGAGAUCGAGUGUCAGUUGGACACUCUCUGAGAUCUACGACUUUCUUCUAGACAAUGGCGUCUUCAUGCCAACCGGGCAGUGUUCUACGGUCUGUCUUGGUGGACACGUCCAAACUGGCGGCUAUGGAAUGCUUGCACGAUCAUUUGGCCUUCUUGGAGAUUACGUCCGUGAGCUUGAAAUUGUUGACUACAGUGGCACCGUCGUCAAGGUGGACAAGGAGGAACAUCCAGACCUGUUCUACGGUUUUCUCGGCGGUAGCCCCGGCAACCUCGGUGUACUGACGCAUUUCAAGAUCGAGGUCCAAGAUGACAAAAAGUAUGAGGGCUCCAAGGGUCUAUGGAUGGCCUUCCACUACCGGAAAGAUACCCUCAAGGCCCUCCUUGACAUCCUGGUCCAGAAGGGAGAGGACCCCAACUUCCCCCGCGGUUACGAUUUCAUUGUCAAUGUUCUCAGCCGGCAGCUGAAUCUGCUGGAUCUAUUUCCAGGCUCUGAAGACGAGCUCAAGCGAAAGCUACCAGACGACAUCCAUGACGGCAAGAACAACAUUGCUGACUUGCUCAAGUUCAAAUACGCACUGAUUGUCGUCUACGCCCAGUGGGUUCAUGUCGGAGAAGAGCCGUACUCGUCUGACCUCUUCGACAAGAUUAAGAAGGUCCCACAUGACUUCAAGUUUGGCAAGGAGACCCCCGACGGCACGCCAAUGUCAUUCAUCACAUCCAUGUGGCUCUUCAAGAGCCCGCGCGAGUUUCCUUACCCCUAUGUCAAGCGCACCAACACCACUAAAUCGCUCGCGCUCUCCAAGAGUGGUUGGUCGGACUGGUUCUCUGGCCGCAUCAACGAGGUGCUCAAGACCAAGGGCAACGGCCUCUGGGUCUCGUCUCAACUACAGGUGUUCGGCGGCAAAGGAUCAUUGUUCCAGAAAAAUGCGAACAACGGCACUGCCUAUUGCUUCAGGGACGCCACCUUUGGGGGCACGUGGGAUGUCUUCUAUCAGAAUACGAAAGAGGCAGCCGAGCAGUGGCAGGAGGAGAAUGACAAGGGUGCGGUAACGCACUUUAGUCAGGAAGAUCGACGACUUCUCUGGGGAUCGUACGGGGACUGGAACAUGAAGAAUGUCUGGCAGUUUUAUUACGAUUCGGAUACAUACAAGAAGUUGCAGAAGAUCAGGCAGACAUAUGAUCCCAACGGAACCUUUACUGCGAAUCCAUUCUGUGUGGAGGCAUUGAAGUAG